CGCGCUCUCCUCUCCGCAUUCAUCGACUCAGAACAAUGGCAGACGCAAACGCACUAAAAGAUCAAGGCAAUAAGGCCUUCGCGGCCAAGGACUACGACCGCGCCAUCGAGCUCUUCUCCCAGGGCAUCGCGCUCGACCCUUCGAAUCACGUCCUGUACUCUAAUCGGAGCGCCGCACACGCUGGGAAGAAGGAGUGGACGCAGGCAUUAGCAGACGCAGAAGAGUGCAUCAAGAUCAACCCCUCGUGGUCGAAGGGGUACGCGCGCAAGGGCGCUGCACUCCACGGCGCACACCAGUACGACGAGGCGAUCAAGGCAUACGAAGAGGGAUUGGCGAAGGAGGACAGCCCGGCACUUCGCAAGGGCUUGCAGGAAGUACGCGCGGCACAAGAGGCCCACCAGCGCAACGAUGACCCCACCGGCUUCGACAAGAUGUUCGCGGACCCGAAUCUGAUUGGCAAGCUGAAGACGAACCCGAAGACGGCGAAGCUGCUCGACGAUCCGGCGUUCGUGGCGAAGCUGCAGAUGAUGCAGACGAACCCCGGCCUCGCGUCCAGCCUGCUCGGCUCGGACCCUCGCAUGAUCCAGGUGCUCGGCGCACUUAUGGGCGUCGACAUGCAGGGCUUCUCUGGCGACAACGUUCCGGACGACAUCCGCGCUCAGGCAGAGACAUCACCGUCCUCUCCCCCUCCCAAGCCCCAAUCACCGCCGCCCAAGCCUGCUGCCGAGCCCCCGCAGGAGGACGUCGAGAUGGAGGAGGUAGAUGAGGAAGAGGCGAAGGCGAAGAAGGAGGCGCUCGAAGCGAAGGCUGCGGGUGCUGCCGCUUACAAGGCGAAGGAUUUCGAAACCGCUGCGACACAGUUCUCGAAAGCCUGGGACUUGUGGCCGAAGGACAUCACUUUCUUGACGAACUUGGGAGCUGUCUACUUCGAGCAGGGCGACUACGACAAGUGCAUCGAGACAUGUCAGAAGGCCGUUGACGAAGGCCGCGAAAUCCGCGCCGACUUCAAGCUCGUCGCCAAGGCCCUUGGCCGCAUCGGCAGCGCCUACCACCGCAAGGGCGACCUCGCGAACGCGAUCAAGUUCUUCGAGAAGUCGCUCACCGAGCACCGCACGCCCGACAUCCUCAACAAGCUGCGCGAGACGGAGAAGGCGAAGGCGGAGCUCGACAAGAAGGCGUACAUUGACCCCGCGAAGAGCGAGAUCGCGCGCGAGGAGGGGAAUACGCUGUUCAAGGCGGGCGACUUUGCGGGCGCGGUGAAGGCGUACACGGAGAGCAUUAAGCGCGACCCGGCAGAUGCGCGCGGGUACAACAACCGGGCGGCGGCGUACAUGAAGCUCAUGGCGUUCGCGGAGGCGCUGAAGGACACGAACGAUGCGAUUAAGGUGGAUCCGAAUUUCGUCAAGGCCUACAUUCGCAAGUCGAGCGUGCUCUACGCGAUGCGCGACUACACGAAGGCACUUGAGGCCGUGCAGGAGGCAGAGGAGCACGACCCGGAACGCAAGCACACUGCGGAGAUUCUUGCGCAGGAGCGGAAGUGCCAGCAGGCGCUCUUCUCACAGCGGCAGGGCGAGAGCUCGGAGGAGGCGCUAGAGCGGGCGAUGCGGGACCCGGAGGUCGCGCAAAUCAUGAACGACCCGAUCAUGCAGCAGAUCCUGCAGCAGGCGCAGACAGAUCCGAGCGCUCUGCAGGACCACAUGAAGAACCCGAUGAUCAAGCAAAAGAUCAUGAAGCUGAUCAAUGCUGGUAUCAUCCGGACGAGGUAGUCGGCUACGUGGAGAGCUAUGCUCGACGACGUUGGUGCACGCGAUGUAGAUGUACGGGCCAUGGGGCUGGCAUUGUAAUGAUUUAUCCAUAUCCAACUGUAUUUUUGUGCAUUGUUAUUGAUAGCUCUCAAGUUUCGAUUGUCUUUCCGAACGAGCAUACCGUCGGGUGGUUUCUGA